UUUCAUGCCCAUAUCCUGGGGGGGAGUUCAGGUUACCUGUCCCCUCACCUCUCCACCUUCCCAGGGCUGCAGGUGUACCAGUCCCACCCCCUGUACUUCCAGAAGCUGGCCCCUCCCCCUGGGCCACCUGUAUAUAAGCUCACCUGCAGCGUUGAGUCACCCAGCAGCCAGCCGUCCCCAGGACCUCCUCCACCUCUUGCUGUUUGUCUGCCGACAUAUCACCCAUUUAUCAUGGCAUCCAGCUUCUCUGUGCGGAGUUUCUCCGGCGGUCGCCAGCCGUCCUUUUCCAGCCUAUCUCUGCGGGACAGCGGACGCGCCCGUUCCCGCGCCUCCGUCUCCUUCUCAAAGCCGCUAAGCCGCUCUGCUUCCAUCGGUCUUGACCUGAACAGUGCCGCGCAGCAACUAAACGGGUUAAACAACUCCGCCAACGACAAGGAAGCCAUGCAGGGCCUCAACAACCGCCUGGCCAGCUACCUGGAUAAGGUACGCUCUCUGGAGAGAUCCAACGCUGACCUGGAGUUGAGGAUCAAGCAGCUGAUGAUGGAGCGCAUCCCUAAAGGUCACGACCUGGACUCCAUGAUGGCCCAGGCCCACGCUGUGGAGCAGGAGGUGAGGAAGAAGACCCUGGAGAAUGCCCGUCUAAUGCUGGAGAUCGACAACGCCAAACUGGCGGCCGACGACUUCAGGAUAAAGUGGGAGACAGAGCAGGUCAUGUGCCAGUCUGUGGAGAGAGACUGCAUGGCUCUGAAGAAGGCCAAGACUGACCACGAGCAGAUCAUCGCUAGUCUCCGUGGCGACCUGGACAGCCUGAAGGAGGAGCUCUACUUCCUUAAGAAGAACCACGAGGAGGAGGUCCAGGCAGUGCGUGGCCGUCUGGCCAGCGAGGAGGUGAGUGUGGAGGUGGAUGCUGCCCGCGGGGGGCCGGAAUUGGGCACGGUGCUGGCGGAACUGCGUUCUCAGUAUGAGGGCAUCGUCAAGGACAACAAGGAGCAGACUGAGCACUGGUACCGCAAGAAGUGUGUGUGUGUGGGCCAGCUGGAGAUGGUGCAGAACGAGGUGAAGGAGAGCAACGAGGCCCUGAGGGGAGCGCAGGCGGAGCUGGUGGAGAGACAACGCUUCCUGCAGGGGCUGGAGGUGGAGCUGGAGACGCUGCACAAACAGGUGGCGGCGUUGGAGGGUAACAUGGGGGAGACGGGUCAGAAGUAUGCCCUGGAGAUGGAGCGUCUGCAGGCCACGCUGACCCAGCUGGAGGACGACCUCUCCCAGCUGCGUCUGGACAUGCAGCGCAACAAGACCGACUACGAGCAGCUGCUCCGCAUCAAACAGAACCUGGAGAUGGAGAUCGCCACCUACAGGAGGCUGCUGGAAGGGGAGGAGAUGAUCAAGGAAGUCCCUCCCACUAAGAAGGAGCCGGACGUGCGCACCAGGAAGAUCGUAAAAGUGGUGACCCAAACCAUGAUCAACGGCAAGGUGGUGGACGAGUCCAGUGAGGUGGAGCACAUCGAGGAGCCGAAGAAGUGAGGGUGGGGAGGUAGCCUCAUCAGCCUCACAUCCUCAUCAGCCUCACAUCCUCAUCAGCCUCACAUCCUCAUCAUCUUUAGCAGCAAACCCAGCCUUGUCCUCCCCCAUAUCUUCAUCAUUAACAUGUCUUUUGUAUUUUCAUCAUCAUCACUAUCCUCAUCCUCACUGGUGCUAGUGCUUUUCCAGCAGGAAAACAUCAGUGUUUGUCAUUAAACAAGCUCUGUUUACCGUUUUGGUCAGUUCUCUGACCUCCACAUGUGAUUUCUUUGAUCUUUUUGUUAUCCUAGUAUUCUUUUAUCCAUUUCAAUACCGAGUUGGUGUUAUAUUGACAUGUAUGUUGUUAGUGUAGAGACCUGUCCCAGAAAUCUCUGUCCCCCGCAAGUUAGGCGCUAGUCUUGGAGUGUUUCCCUGUCUAAGAUAAAUCUGCUUCCGACAUUCUGUAGGCUUCGAUCCUUUAUUGCUC